GCUAAUUUUAAGAAGGGGAUGUCUAAGAUAUAUCUCGAGGAAGUACCAACGUCUUCCAGAGAUGUGAAUGAAUCACAGAGCCAAGACCCUGAACCUGAUUUUCUGACUCAGGUUUCCAACUGCACUGAUGUCAGCUCAUCUUGUCCUGGAAACACUCAUAAUGGUCCUAAGGAAUGCUGUGAAUCAUCGCCCAGUUACUCUCCAAGUGGAGGUUACUUUAGUUCAGACUCUGAUGAUGAUGAGGUGGAGGAUUAUCACCAGUGUCAUCAGGAUGGAUCCUCACAGUCACACACAGUGAGGUCCUGUAGUGAAAAGUUCCCUGUCCUCAGCCAAGGCUCAUCACAUUGGAACACACAAAAACUGGGUCACCCUCAGUCUCAACCCAGACCUUACACCCCACCCACUAGGCCUCAAUGCACAGGGAACUGUGGAAACGACCAGAGAGAUCAUAGAGACCAGAGAGCUUUGGAGAGCUUUGGCUACACUGAGAGACGGUCAGGCUGUGUAGUUACAGAUGACAGUAACGGCCAGGUUAGGGUUAUAAGUGAUCAGUAUGUCCCAUAUUGUCCUCUGUCUGAAUCACAGUGCUCUGAGGUUCACCAACAAAAGAUGGAAGCCACCGGAACACGAGAAACACAAACACGAGAAAUGGGAACACAGACUGUCGCCAACAUCACCUCGAAAUGUCCAACAUCGGACGUUUCAACUCAGUGCAGUUUUGGACUGGAGUGUAAAGAGAACAACCUCAUGGACUCUGAAUCCCACAAGUCUGCUUACAAUGUAAUACCGACCCCAACUACCAGAGGGCAGGCAAGUCACAGAGAAGAGUCUAUGAGCCAACAGACACACAGAGCAUUAUCAGACAGAUCCAGGAGGGAGGGAGAAGAGCAAACGCCCUGGAGAAAAUCAACAGCCAGAGAGCUCAAGGCUGGACCUGGGCACCAUCCAUCAAUCAUCCCUUCUAACAAGUGUCGUAACACUAACACUGAGAGUAGAGUGUGUAUUCAGAGACCCACUUCCUCUAUACUAGAUGAUCUCAUCACCAAUGAUGUAAAAGACUUGAGAGAUGAGCAGCUGCAGCAUAGAGGACAAGGAGAUGAAAGAGAGGUCCUGGACCCUGUUGAGAAUGUUCCUCUUAGAGAAGACCUUCCAGAUGACAAAGAGGAGAAACGGAGUGGGAGUGCAGAGGAGAGGGAGGAGGUCACUGCUGAGAGCGGAGUUAACAGGCUUUCAGAGGAGGUUGAGACACUUCAGGAAAUAGCAGACAUUCUGCUCAUGCUGAAGCAGAGGAAAAAAGAUUAGAGGUGGGAAGGACAGGAGAGGAGGGUAUCCCUUUAAGAGUUGUGAACAAAACUAGCAACUACAUUCCUUUACCACAGAAUCUGUUUCUGCAUAUUUAAAGAUUUAUAACAAUGUCCUUGGGAUUCUACAUUAAAACGAAAGCCAGACAUUGCAAGAUAAUUCGUUUAUUUUUUCCCAAUACAUAUUUAAGUGUUCAAGAUUCUCAUGAAUAUAUUUACUUUGAUAGAAUAUAAAUUCUAGCAAAACAUUUACAGCAACAAUAAUUAAAUGUAUACUAUACAGCACUGGAUACAUGUUUUUUAAUCUUCACUAGUUCUUCAUAAGCUAGAAUAGAAACACUGCAUUUAAUUUGUUUUCACAUAGAAAGAAAUUGCGCCCGCUCACCAUAAACACAUUGGAUGUCCCCAUUUAGGAAUUAAAGCAAAGAAGGCAAUAUAAUAAUAACACAAUGGGUUGUCAAGGGGUUGUUGAGCAUCUUUCCUAAAAUCACAAAACAUCAAAUAACUUGUUUGACACUAUCUCAAGUUUGUUACAUGACGGCAAUGUUGUCACCUCUGUGAAGGGGGUGUGCAAUAAAGUGUUUUUUCUCUAUAAAACGAACUGUGAUAAUAAUAAAAAAGACAUCUUCCAGUGAACCUCCAGUUUAGACUACCUAUAGUAUCCUCUCUUUUCUAAUCACAUUUCUAAUCAAAUACUCAAAUAUUGAUAAUAAAUACUCAAUAAUCCAGUAUUGACACUGAUGUUCCAAUGAACUGGCAAAACACAUCUAGUGAUCCUUUGAAAUGCUGUCAUUUCAUUUCAGUCUAAAGAAAAUCCUAUUUGAAUUCCCAAUAGUAGCUAUCUUGUUUUGUCACAGACAAUAAUACACAGACAUAUUCUCAUCGACAUUAUGUUCACCACUUUAAACAAGAGUCUGCUACUCACAAAUCUAUGUGUACUCAAGUACUCAACUAAAAAGGUGUCACCUUACAUAGUUUUAUGAUAUAUAAAACAACAUUAGCAAGUACAGUACAGUACUCCUUGACCCUUUAGAACACGAGAACCCCAGCUAUUUUACGUGAAGAGUAUGCUUUGCAAUUUGUACAUAAGGCUGUGGAGGAAGACAACGUAAAAUGGAGACAAAAUAAGACAUUCUUUCUGACAUUGUUUUCCCAAAGAACAACUAUGUGUGACAUUAACUGACUAAACUGUCCAUUUCAAUGCAUGGUUAUUUUCUCUGAGAGACUGAGGUACAACCCAAUGAAUAGUCUGGUCUACAUUUAGCAAUAAAAACAUUUGCAACUUCUGAAAUCAAAAAAGGCUAUCAUCACACUGGCUGGCCAUAUAGUCAACUCCAUACAUUUCACUUCAGUAUAGGCACCGGCAUCAUGGGUAAAAUACAUUGGAAUAGGCCUCCCGGGUGGCGCAGUGGUCUAAGGCACUGCAUCGCAGUGCUAGCUGUGCCACCAGAGACUCUAGGUUCG